UCAUUGUUGGACAUAAUGGAGAAUGUAAGAAGUGUGAAAGCUGGUGGUUCGCGUAGGCCUACUACUCAAAGUCCUGCUGAAGGAUUUGAUUUACCUUUUCAAGCUAGAUCAAGCGUUGAGUUGAAAAAGAUGUUUCAACAUCAAAUUAAGCAAGAAAAAAUUGAAAAGUUGCAUGAGAGGCUGCAGGGAAACAAUAGAGAAAUGCCUCAAGGGAUUAUAGAAGUUGUAGACGAAACACCAAAAAAAGGAACUCAGCAAGAACAAGUUCAAAAGGUUGACGGUAAUUUGGAGAAAGAUGCAAUGACAAAGAAAUUGAAGAAAGCCAAACUCUCGCAACCUCAAGCAAUGAAAGAUGGUGCACAUCGUAACAAAGAAGUUGUACAACAAACACCAAAAAGCAAAGGAACUCAGCAAGAAAGAGUUCAAAAGGUUGGUGGCGAUUUGGACAAAGAUGCAAUCACAAAGAAAAUUAAGAAAGUCAAACUCUCACAACCUCAAGCAAUGAAAGAUUAUGAACAUGGUGACAAAGAAGUUGUACAACAAACACAAAAGAGAAGAACUAAUGGGAAAGCUACAAUCAAUGGACUGAAUGAGAAACUACAUGCAAAAAAUAGAGUUCUAGAGGUUGCUACAAAGCAAACAGAGAGGCCUAGGAUUUUGCAACCACAAGCUAAGAAGAAUUUUGCUCAAGGAAUGCUGAAAAAAAGAACUCAUGAGAAUCUACUAGACAACAAUAGAGAGAAAAUUCAAAAGGUGGAUAAAACAGUUGCAAGGAAGUUACUUAUUCCUUCCAAAAUAGCGAAACCUGAUAAACCUAAUAUAUCUUUGGACACAAUGAUGUCAAAAACUGAAUGCUCUAAAAAGGCAAAGAGGGUGCCUACAUGCCCAUCAAUGUUGAUUCAUGAUUAUGUGGAACUUCACAAGUCAAAAGAGAUGGAAGCAACCAAGUCAAACAAUGGAGAAAAACCGGGAAGCAACUUUCACCCUAGCUCUAGUAAAAAUCAGCCACUGUCUGGCAAAAAUAGAGUGGAAGAUUCGAGAGAACCGGUAGUCAAUGAAGAAGAGGAAAACACAAAUAGAGAAGAAGAACAAGGUAAUUAG